AUGACAAGCGUUGAAGACACGAAAACUGUUGGGGAAGGCGGAGUUGCAACUGCAGAAGGCGAAGGACGAGUUAAAGACGUUUCAGAACGCGGAAUUGGAGGGACAAUGGCUGAACGACUUGAGGAAAAAACUAAUGUAGGUGGUCCAUCAAAUGGUGCAAAACCUAAAAAAUUUCGUGAGAAACAACAGAAAGAUCCAACAGUUUACAAUGGCAGGCCAUUUGAGCGUACUGGUCCGCCAAUUGCUCUUUAUAAUGAAAUCUUUGGCAGGUUUAUUCAAGAAUCGAAUGACGAAAACCUGGUAAUGACCGCUGAUCAUUACAAGUGGACCGUCAGAAUU